UUGCAGCCGCGAAAGAUUUACAAGCUCUAAAAAGACGCAUGGCCAAAUACGGUUGGCAUGAUCAUGACUGCGAUGGAAUUCCAGACGACUUGGAUCCAGACGAUGACAAUGAUGGAUUCUUCGAUAACAAACAGGACAGCGAUCGGGACGGAAUUCUCAAUGAAUGGGAUGAUGAUGACGACAACGAUGGAAUCCCUGACAGGGAUGAUCCCGACUCAAAUGGGGACGGUAUCCCUGAUUGUGUAAUGAAGGACACCGAUGGCGAUGGAAUUCCUGAUCACAUAGAUACAGAUGAUGACAACGAUGGAAUUCCUGAUCUACACGACCCCGAUCAUCCCACUUACAAUUAUUUCAAGGACUCGGACAAAGAUGGUAUUCCGGACAGCAUAGAUAAGGACGAUGAUAAUGAUGGUAUUCCUGAUCAUAACGAUCCGGAUGCCGAUGGAGACGGAGCGCAUGACCUUUUCCAUGAUAGUGAUAAGGAUGGGGUACCCGAUAGCCUGGAUGACGAUAUGGAUAAUGAUGGCAUCGCAGAUCAUCUGCAAGAUCAUGAUUGUGACGGUAUCCCGGACAUCAUUGAUCCGGAUGAUGACAACGAUGGUUACUUUGAUAACAAGCAGGACAGUGAUAACGACGGCGUUUUAAACGAAUGGGACGACGACGAUGACAAUGAUGGCAUUCCAGACAAAGAAGAUCCAGACUCUAACGGAGAUGGUGUCAUCGACUGUCAACCACGCGACUCAGACGGAGAUGGAAUUCCAGACCAUCUGGAUGACGAUGAUGAUAAUGAUGGGAUCCCUGAUCACCGAGAUCCGGACUCCGUAUCAUUUCUGCUAUACAAGCACAAACGAUUCCUAGAAGCGAUUCCAGCUGAGAUCGCCCGAAACGAGGCUAAUCUGAUGAACGUGGACCUCGGCGAUCCGAAUGAUAAGGAUUGUGACGGAAUUCCGGAUCACUUGGAUAAUGAUCAGGACAAUGACGGAAAAAUCGAUCGCACCCAGGACUCCGACAUGGACGGUCUGUUGAAUCACGUGGAUGAGGACGAUGAUAAUGAUGGUGAGCGACUUUCGUUACACGUACCCAGGCGUUCGUCGUACGCAAACCAUACACUGAUUCGGCUCUGGUUUGGUUGA